AUGUCCGGGACGUUAAACCCGAAGGGAGCCCAAGAUGCCAAGUUUUGGCGAACGACACGUCAUUACGACAUGAGCAGUGAGAAGGAGGAGGCGCGCGAGGAGGUUCUGUUGACGGCGGAGAUAUCGAAAUGUCUUCGAAGACACUGCGGAGAUGGUGGCGAUAUGUUCGACUUCGCGGUAGAGAGUAUACUGGCGGACGUGCAGGAGGAUGGUGUGCCCAAGGACGUCGACGAGGCAUCUUGCCGGUGGAGCAGCACCCUCGAAGACUGCGAGCUGAAACCGUUCGACGAUGACGAUGAAGAUGAGGACACGAGCGAGUUGGUUGUGAACAUGUACGGCGAGUUGAUUGAAGGUAUACAGGGUGCGAUGGCGGAGGCGAGGGGUGACGUUGUGGAGUACCUGUCUUCCGAUCAGUGCGAGAUGUGCGAGAGGGUGGCGCCUCUUACAAGACACCAUUUUUUCCCGACCAGCGAGCACGACUUCUUCAAGAAGCGCAACCUGUGCCCGCCGGACAGGUCGCUGCACGAGGUCGCCGCGGUGUGCAGGCCGUGCCACACCGCCAUCCACGGGUUCGCCGACGAGAGGACCCUCGGCGAGAGCUACAACACCAUCGAGAGCCUGCUGGAGGUGGAACAGCUUCGAAAGUUCGCGCACUACAUGUCCAAACAGAAGGGUGGAAUGAAAAAGCACGACAACGCGUUGAGGCACGCCAAGUGA